UCCUAAUCAGCGGAUUCCCUUCGACGAAAUAAGAAGAAAUCGAUCAGUUGUCGGCUGAAUUUCACGCAAAAUGUUCGGUGCGAACUUGAUUAAAAGCGGCCGUUUUGUGGCUUUCAACGGAGUCGGCUUUUUUAAGAUUCCGGGACAGAUUGCGGCCAAGAGACCGGAAGCUUUAACACCUGUUAGAACCGCAGCCACAACACCCGGACUUUGGCUACCCAAACUCUCACAGGUCGUCACUGAAAAGCGAGCUUUUCAGGAGAAAAAACAGUCGACUUUCACCGAUCGAAGUCAACUGAAAUAUGCGAGAAGACUUGUGGUGAAAUUAGGAAGUGCUGUGAUUACUCGAGAAGAUGAACACGGACUAGCUUUGGGACGGCUCGCCUCAAUUGUAGAACAGGUUGCAGAAUGCCAGAACGAGGGCAGAGAAUGCAUUAUGGUAACAAGCGGUGCUGUGGCCUUUGGCAAACAGAAAUUGACCCAAGAAUUGCUCAUGUCUCUGUCGAUGAGAGAAACCCUUUCACCUACGGAUCACACCAGAGAGGACGCUGGGACCCUCCUGGAGCCCCGUGCUGCCGCCGCCGUGGGCCAAUCCGGCCUCAUGUCCCUCUACGACGCCAUGUUCGCCCAAUACGGCGUCAAAAUCGCCCAAGUAUUAGUAACAAAACCGGACUUUUACAACGAGGAGACCCGCCGAAACCUCUUCAGCACCCUCUCCGAGUUGAUCAGCUUGAACAUCGUCCCCAUAAUCAACACCAACGACGCAGUUUCGCCGCCUCCACAAGUCGACGAGCCCAUCGGCGGGAAAGCAGGGAAAAAGGGGAUCAGCAUCAAGGACAACGACAGUUUGGCGGCGAUGCUCGCCGCCGAAAUCCAAUCCGACCUCCUCAUCCUCAUGUCGGAUGUGGAUGGAAUCUACAACAAGCCUCCUUGGGAGCAGGGCGCGAGAUUCCUCCACACUUUCACCUCGGAUCUGAGACAUACCAUCGAGUAUGGGCAAAAGUCGAAGGUGGGGACGGGAGGAAUGGACUCCAAGGUGAAUGCCGCCACGUGGGCUCUGGAUCGAGGGGUCUCGGUGGUUAUUUGCAACGGGAUGCAGGAAAAAGCCAUCAAGACGAUACUCUCGGGGAGGAAAGUCGGGACUUUCUUCACCGAUUCGAGUGUGGGAGGGGCGGUACCCACAGAAAUCGUCGCCGAAAAUGCUCGCAUCGGCGGACGACAUCUCCAGAGCUUGACCCCCGACCAGCGCGCCUCCUGUGUCCACACCCUCGCCGACCUCCUCGUCUCCAAACAAUCGGAAAUCCUGGACGCCAACGCCAAAGAUUUAUCCGAAGCGACGAAAUCCGGUUUGGCGAAACCCCUUCUUUCCCGUUUAUCCCUAACUCCCGCCAAACUCCGCAACUUAUCGGUGGGUCUCAAGCAGAUCGCUGAUUCCAGCCACAACAACGUGGGGCGCGUCCUCAGAAGGACGAAACUCGCCGAUGGUUUAGACCUCACGCAGAUUACGGUCCCCAUUGGCGUCCUGCUUGUCAUCUUCGAGUCGCGACCCGAUUCUCUGCCCCAAGUGGCCGCCUUGGCCAUCGCCUCCGCCAAUGGAUUGCUGCUCAAGGGCGGAAAGGAAGCGGCACACAGCAACAAGGCGCUCAUGGAACUCGUUAAGGAAGCGCUCGGCACCGUGGGGGCCACCAAUGCUAUUUCUCUAGUCUCCACUCGUGAAGAAAUCGGCGAUUUACUAUCGAUGGAACAACACAUCGAUCUCAUCAUCCCUCGCGGUUCGAGCGAAUUAGUUCGAAGCAUCCAAUCACAGAGUCAACAUAUUCCCGUUUUGGGGCAUGCUGAAGGCAUCUGUCAUGUGUAUGUCGACAAAGACGCUGAUUUGAGCAAAGCUUUGAAGAUUAUUAGAGAUGCGAAAUGCGAUUAUCCGGCGGCUUGCAACGCGAUGGAAACUCUCCUCAUCCAUGAAGAUCUGAUGCAAGGAGACUUCUUUUCCGACAUUUGCAAUAUGUUGAAACAGGAAGGAGUCAAAAUCAACGCAGGACCGGUCUUGAACAAACUGCUCACUUUCGGGCCCCCACUCGCCAAAACGAUGAAACAUGAAUAUGGGGCCUUGGAGUGCUGCAUCGAAGUCGUCAAGAACAUGGACGAGGCUGUCAACCAUAUCCAUACAUACGGGAGUGGACACACCGAAGUCAUCGUGACCGAAAACUCCGAGAGUGCGCGAAACUUCCAACGCAUGGUUGACAGCGCAUGCGUGUUCCAUAAUGCCAGUUCGAGGUUCGCUGAUGGGUUCCGGUUCGGUUUGGGUGCCGAAGUUGGUAUCAGCACUGCCAGGAUUCAUGCGAGAGGUCCUGUAGGAGUCGAGGGACUUCUUACCACCAAAUGGGUUCUAUCAGGGAAUGGACAUGCCGCCUCUGAUUUUGCUGAAGGAGGACCGUGCACAUGGGUGCAUGAAAGUCUUCCAGUCAAUUAAUGUUCUUACCAUUUACCAGUUUUUUUUUAUUUAAUGUUUUUUUUCAUGUAUGGAAUGUACAUUUUGUAAAUACAUUUGUUAAGUUUUAGAGUGUAAGCUUUGUUUGAAUAAAAUGUUGAUAAAUA